AAACACAGCCCUAUGCUCUCGGUGAUUGCAGUGAGAUAUAGGACUACGAUUGGGUAUUUUUAUUAGUGUCAUAGCCAAAGUCACAGUUAUAUCCGGUUGUUAAAAUUGUACUCCGAUCAGCGGCUGAAGGCAUCAGCCAAUUAAGCGCUCAUUGAUUACAUAAAUAGUGGCGGAAAUUCAAUUUUUUUUUUCUGUCAGUGGAGUUUAUUUCGUUUGUUGAGCGUGAGGAGGAGGGACCUUAUUAAGUAUUAAUUGUAAUUCGUGGGAAGGGAUUAUCAUACGAAAUUAUUCAUGCUAAUAGGGACUUGUUGUGGGCGGUGAACUGUUAUCAUAUAAUAAAAGAUGGAGUUGCAAGCGAAUCCCACGACAGUUACCGCUGAGAAACACUCGAAACUGCGAGAGACUGCAUUCGAGGGUUCGAAAAUUAGUGUUGAUGGAGCUGCGUUGAUUGACAAUUUGCCUUGUCAUGAAGGAGGAAUUGCACGACAAAAUUUUUGUCCGCUAAUCAAUUCAGGCAAUGGUGAUAAUUAUGGAGUUUUUCGAUCGAAUGAUCCCAUUCUCGCAAUCACCAAUCGCAGAACCAGCACGAGAUCGCAACCGGAUCACAUUACUGCAGAUCAUCCAACGUCGUAUUGCGAAACGAUGAUGCACUUGUUCAAAGGAAAUGUUGGUUCAGGAAUUUUUGCACUUGGUGAUGCGUUUAAAAAUGCCGGAUUGUUGCUUGCACCACCGCUCACUAUAUUCCUUGGAAUCAUCUGUGUACAUGCUCAGCACAUACUCCUUAAUUGCAAUGAUGAGGUGAUCAAGCGUCUCGGUGACUCUGCAAAACAAGAGGCUGUUGGUUAUGCUGGUACCGUGGAGAUGUGUUUUGAAAUUGGCCCACUCCGGUUACGAAAGUAUUCAGUAUUAAUGAGAAAGAUGGUAAAUCUAUUUGUGUGUGUAACGCAGCUCGGAUUUUGCUGUGUUUAUUUUGUCUUCAUAUCGACUAAUAUGCAACAGGUAUUGGAUCAGUACGGGUUUCACGUUAGCGUUGGAUGGCACAUGGCUAUUGCAUUAGUGCCUAUUCUAAUGAGCACCUGGAUUAGAAGUUUAAAAUUUCUAACACCUUUGUCAUCUAUCGCUAAUUUGUUGGUUGUAUUCGGUUACAUUGCAACUGUUUAUAUAAUAUGCAAUGGACUGCCGGCUUUGAGUGAGAGAAAUUAUGUCGCUAGUUGGAAUCAACUACCUCUCUUCUUUGGCACUGUGAUUUAUUCCUUCGAAGGUAUUACUUUGGUACUGCCACUGAAGAAUGAAAUGAAAAAACCAACGCAAUUCAAUAGUCCCCUUGGAGUAUUAAACACCGGAAUGGUAAUAGUUGGUAUGAUGUUCGUUGUCAUGGGCUUUUUGGCUUACCUUCAGUAUGGAGAGGAUGUACGAGGCUCGGUUACCCUUAAUCUCAAUUCUAAAGAGAUAUUGCCGCAGUGUAUAAAAAUCGCAAUAUCCCUGUGUAUUAUGCUCUCGUAUGCUCUGCAAUUCUACGUCCCAGUUGCCAUUAUUUGGCCAAAAUUAAUGGACAGAUUUGGAGAAUUUCGGUGUCCCGUUUUAGUCGAAACGUGCUUCCGGUCUGCCUUGUGCCUCCUCACGUUUGUGCUAGCCGAAGCCAUCCCAAAUCUAGGUAACUUUAUAUCACUGGUUGGUGCAGUGAGUAGCACAGCUUUAGCCCUUCUUUUCCCUCCCAUCAUCGAGUUAGUAGUCUGUGCAGGCAAUAACACUCUCGGCCCCAUCAAAAUUAUGAAGAACGUUUUUAUCCUGCUGAUUGGACUUCUCGGAUUUCUAACUGGCACAUACGAGAGUCUCACAAAGAUCAUCGACUCAUUCAGUGAAUCAAGUAACAGUACAAGUCCACUUAAUUCAAGUACUCACAACGUAACAGGACAAAUUUUAACACUAACCGAUAAUUCCUUCCUCGACAGCGGUAAUAAUUUCACAAAUUUCAAUAUCACAAACUUUAGUCAUUACUGAAAAAAAAAACACUAGAUAUCUAGUCCAACAAAGACAACAGAAUGUUUUACCUAACUACUGUAUUUCAUAGGUGUUAAGUAAUGUGAUAAAGUCUUCAAUUGCAAAGAGAUGUUUUUCAAUUCGUAUAUUUAGAUAUGUACAGUUGUAAAAGUUAAUAGCGUAUGGUAAUUUAUUUAUUCUUACGUGUAAUGAAUUUUAUAGAAACAACGUAUGUUAUUAUGCGUCAUAAAUAAAGAGAAAGACGAAAUUUA